AUAAAAAAUUAUUCCCAGAAAAUAAAUUGGAGCGGCUUUGAAGCUUGAUGUUUUACGUAAACCGACCAAUUUGUAUGUUUAGUGUUAUUUAAAAACAAUUAGAAGUGACGGCGUACGUGAUCUAAACUUUUGUUUUACAUAUAUGUAAAAUUAUCUGCAAAAAGUUAUUAGCCUUGCCUAGCCUUGCCUCGCUCAAGUUGUACAAAUCGCCAAAAUCGCCAAAGUCGUCAAAGGUUUACAUUUUUGGGAUUAGAGUGCACAACGGUCACACAAUCACACAGUCACAUUAUUUUGGUUUGUUGGAAGAUUUGAAUCGAAUCGAAUCGAAUCUUUGCUGCUAUAUGGCCAACCAAGGGGGCAACAAAACAAUGCAUCUUGCCGCUAGCAAAAAUAUAGAAAAUCAGAAAAUAUGAAAAUCAAGAGAACUUUAGCAAAAUAAACAGUUGAGAAGGAAGGAAAGAAAGAAAGGAAAUAAUUAUUGAACAAAAAUGUCUACAAAACUAACAACUGCAACAGAAACCAGUCCAAAUAAUAAUGCAGCAUCAACAUCAUCAGCUGCAUCAAAUGGUAACACAACACCAGCUCGUCGUCUACGUACCCGCCAUUCUACCUGUGCUAAUACAAGUGUUGGAGAAUCUACAAAGAAAAAUUUAAAUUUGACUGAGCGUGUAUAUUUUAUAAAUGAUUCAAAUGUAAACGAUGCUUCUGUGCCUACCACAACUUUUGACGAAAAGCUACCGACAAACGUAAUUGGUACCAAUAACAGCUCUGGAAAGAAAUAUCAUAACAGUUGCCCACAUCCGACGAAUACAGUACGCAGUAAGAAUCAAUCACCUACACAGCCACACAGCUCUAGCACAUUCAGUAUGAAUAAGAACGAGGGAUUCAAUUUUGAUCCACCACCUGAGUGUCCUGUAUUUCGUCCGACGGUCGAUGAAUUUAAGAAUCCGCUAGCUUAUAUAAGUAAAAUUCGUCCAAUCGCGGAGAAAUGUGGUAUUGCAAAAAUUUUACCACCAGAAUCAUGGUCACCACCAUUUGCUGUUGAUGUAGAUAAAUUAAAAUUUACUCCACGUGUUCAACGACUUAAUGAGUUAGAAGCGAAAACUCGUGUUAAAUUAAAUUUUUUAGAUCAGAUUGCAAAGUUUUGGGAAUUGCAGGGCUCUUCACUGAAAAUUCCAAUGGUUGAACGUAAAGCACUCGAUUUAUAUUCGUUACAUAGGUUAGUGCAAGAAGAAGGUGGUAUAGAACAAACGACUAAAGAGCGCAAGUGGACGAAAAUCGCAAAUUUGAUGUCAUAUCCUCCUAGCAAAAGUGUAGGAGCUACACUUAAAGCGCACUAUGAGCGUAUUCUAUAUCCUUAUGAAGUAUAUACAUCUGGUAAAUUAGGUCAAAGCUCCACUCCUCCAGAUUCCCCUGUACCGGAUGUUUCUAUUAAACUUGAAGAUGGAACUGAUUACAAAGCACACGAAAUCAUAACGAGGCAGCAAAUCACACCCCCGAACGAAAGUAGUGCUCGGCGUUCCAAACGUUUUGCAAAUUCAAGCGCAAAUUGUGGUCUUGGCGCUAAUAAAGCAAUUACCAUUAAAACUGAGUGCAAAGAUGAUAUCAAACCAAAUCAGUGUUUAAAUUACCCUGGUUGUCCGGGCACAGGAGAAGGACGUACAUGUAUUUGUUUUGCUAAUCCUGUAGAAAAGAAAUUCUCUGAAAAUAAUUAUUUUGAUCCGUUACUUAAGUAUGUGUGUAAUAUAUGUAACCGUGGCGAUGUGGAGGAAUCUAUGCUAUUAUGUGAUGGUUGUGAUGACAGUUAUCAUACCUUUUGUCUUUUACCACCACUUACAAGCAUUCCUCGAGGGGAAUGGCUUUGUCCACGUUGUGUUGUAGAGGAAGUAAGUAAACCUACGGAAGCUUUUGGAUUUGAGCAAGCUGAACGUGAAUAUACUCUGCAGCAAUUCGGACAAAUGGCUGAUCAAUUUAAAAUGGAUUACUUCCGAAAGCCAGUACAUUUAGUUCCUACUUCUUUAGUGGAACGUGAAUUCUGGCGCAUUGUAUCCUCCAUUGAUGAGGACGUUACUGUAGAGUAUGGUGCAGAUCUUCACACUAUGGAUCAUGGUUCCGGAUUCCCAACAAAAAGUUCUCUUUAUUUGUUACCAGGCGAUCAGGAAUAUGCUGAAUCCAGUUGGAAUUUAAAUAAUCUUCCUUUACUUGAAGAAUCAAUAUUAGGACAUAUAAAUGCUGAUAUUAGUGGUAUGAACGCACCUUGGAUGUACGUAGGUAUGUGUUUUGCAGCUUUCUGUUGGCACAAUGAAGAUCACUGGAGUUACUCAAUCAAUUAUUUGCAUUGGGGUGAACCCAAGACAUGGUACGGUGUGCCUGGCAGUUGUGCUGAACAGUUUGAAGACUCAAUGAAACAGGCAGCCCCUGAGCUGUUUGCUUCACAACCUGAUUUACUACACCAACUUGUCACAAUUAUGAAUCCAAAUAUUUUAAUGAACAAUGGUGUGCCUGUUUACCGCACUGAUCAAAAUGCUGGCGAGUUCGUGAUCACUUUUCCGCGUGCCUAUCAUGCUGGUUUUAAUCAAGGUUACAACUUCGCAGAAGCUGUAAAUUUCGCUCCAGCAGAUUGGCUUAAAAUGGGACGUGAAUGUGUUAACCAUUAUUCGAUGCUGCGUCGCUUCUGUGUAUUCUCACAUGAUGAGCUUGUUUGCAAAAUGGCUUUAGAACCUGCAAAGCUUACUUUUGGCAUAGCUACGGCGUGUUACAUUGACAUGGCAGAGAUGGUCGACUGCGAAAAACGAUUACGCAAAUCUUUGUUAGAUUGGGGAGUCACUCGUGCUGAGCGCAAAGCUUUUGAACUUAUACCAGAUGACGAACGCCACUGUGGUGAAUGCAAUACAACUUGUUUCCUUUCAGCCGUGGGUUGUGAUUGUACCAAAUCAAUAGUAUGUUUGCGUCAUUUCACUGAUCUUUGUCAUUGCACACCCGAUAAACAUACAUUACUCUAUCGGUACACUUUGGAUGAGAUGCCGCUUAUGCUGCAAAAGUUGAAAUCAAAAGCACAGAGUUUUGAACGCUGGCUUUCCCGAUGUCGUGAUAUUGUGGAUGCGAGUACGCCUACUUCGGUUACUCUUGCGGAACUUCAAGAAUUAUGUAAAGAAGCUGAAGUCAAAAAGUUUCCAUCCUCGUUGUUGAUUGAUCGUUUAAAAGCAGCUGUAGUUGAAGCUGAAAAAUGUGUUACUGUUAUACAACAGCUUGGCAUCAAUAAGGUGCGUACACGAUCCGAUAACGUGGAACAGGCACAUUACAAACUCACAAUGGAAGAAUUGGAGUUAUUUGUUCAAGAAAUUGACAAUCUUUGCUGUAUAAUCGAGGAAGGUGUAUCGGUACGUGAGUUAUUGGUAUUGGGUAAGCAUUUUGUGGAACGAGCAAAUGCUUCACUUGAAUGUGGCUUGGACAAGUUGGAAGAAUCUGAACUUGAUGGGCUUAUAAUUGAAGGAAAUUCUUUGCGUAUUGAACUUCAUCAAAUGAACUAUCUUAAUAAUCGAAUUAAGCAAUUGAGAUGGUACAAAAAAUCGAUCAGCUUACUCACAUCUAGCACAAAACCUUGUUAUGCUGAUAUAGUAUACUUAUUAGAUUUAGCGAAUGCAGAAGUUGUACCGGAUGACCCCUUCAUAGAUAAAGAAAUUCGAAAAUUACAAGAAAUCGGAGCGUCAAUCGAAGCAUGGGAGCAACAAGCCAAUCAAUAUUUUCUUAAUGUAAUGCAACAGCAUCAUCUUUUUGAAGUAGAAUGUUUUCUUAAAACAGCUAAUAAUAUUGAUGGACAAGUGCCGACAUAUGUCAAACUGAAAGAUGCCGUACGUAAGGCUAGAGAGUGGUUGCGUUCAGUUGAAUCAUUACAAACUAAUGACCACUUUCCGUAUUGUCAUACCCUCGAAGCAAUAGUUCAGCGUGGUUGUAGUAUUCCAAUUCAGCUCGAAGAGUUAUCUCGUAUUGAGGAUCAUUUAAAACGUGCACAUGAAUGGAAAGAAAAUACAGCGCGUGCAUUUCUUAAAAAGCAAACAUUUUAUACUUUACUGGAGGUACUGAUGCCCCGUGCCGAACCAGUGAUUAUAGAUUCAGAUUUAAAAAAGCCAUUUAAAGAUGACUUCGUCAAAGAAAUGAGUCCAGCGCAGAUUGUGGAAUCAUUCAAAUGUGCAGAAGAUAAAGAAAUAAAAGAUAUGCGUGAUCUUCGUAAACAAAAUAUGAUAAAAAGUCCAUUAAGUGAUCAAUACUGCCUCUGUAAAACACAAUUUAAAGAUGUUAUGUACAAUUGUCAGCUUUGUCGAGACUGGUUUCAUGCCGGUUGUGUACCGUCACCACAUACAACUAUAGGCGCAACAGCUGGUUUUAAUGGAAAAUUAAAGUGGUUAUGUCCUUCAUGUGUGCGUUCUCGGCGACCACGUCUUGAAACUAUUUUACCAUUACUUGUAUCGUUACAAAGUCUGCCAAUACGCUUACCAGAAGAUGAGGCUCUACGAUGUCUUGCAGAAAGAGCAAUGAAUUGGCAAGAUCGCGCACGUAAAGCGCUUUCUAGUCCCGAUGUUACUGCUGCUGUAGAAGCAAUCAGUAAUUCACAGCGGAAUAAAACAAUAAGACGCAAACCCGGUAAUUCUGCACUGCUAGGUAUCCGCAAACAGAGACGUAAUAGCCUGCAAAAUACAAAAGAUGUAACUGACAAUGAUACAGAUGAUGAUGACGAUCGGCUGCAUAUUGUAGAAGAUGCGCUUAGUAAUGACGAAGAAGUCGUUGUAGAAGAAGCUUAUAACAUUGAGUUUCAGAAACUACUAUCAGGUAGUGAAACUGAUAAUUUGGCUGAAUUAUCAAUGGAAGGUGAUUUGCUUGAAGUAUCAUUAGAUGAGUCACAAGAAUUGUGGCGUCUAUUAUCCGCUGUGCAGCCAACAAAGACAACAGAAGCAGCCACACUUGUAGAGCAACAUCAAAUAAAGCAGAAAAACAUGCAAUCUAUAUCUAAUGCAAACUCAGCAGCAGAAGAUUCGAACGAUAGUUUGCAGGUACAAAGCAGUCCAAAUAGCAAUAGUGGCAGUGCUUCAGGCCGCAAUCAUACUACAGUCAAAAAACGUCGCACAAUCGAUCCUGUGACUGGCUGCCCUGUACCACGAAAAAAGACGACUUCCUCACUAACCAAACAGGGUGCAAACUCUACACAGAAAAAAGUUGGGCGCAAGUCUGAUCUUAGCAAACAGAUCUUGGAUGACAAUGCAGAGAAUUUUACUCCAACAAAAUCAACGAAUGAUGGAGUUGCUGGUGCAACAAACGCACAAAUUUCAUCACAAAAGAAACGCAAACGCAUGGGAAACAAUAUUGUAGCAAGCGGGCAGAAAAAAUCUCAGCAACGUACACAAACGGCCUAUCAGGACGACGAUGAAGAGGAGUGUCGCGCAGAGAAUUGCCAUAAGCCAACUGGUCGUGAAGUUGAUUGGGUGCAAUGCGAUGGAGGCUGCAAUGAGUGGUUCCACAUGUUUUGUGUCGGCCUUAAUCGAAAUCAAAUCAAAGCGGAUGACGAUUACAUAUGUGUGCGCUGUUCAAAGGCGACUGUGGUGUCGCCGAGAGUCGCUGCAGCGAAUAUAACAGCCGCAGCAGUUAGUGGCGCUAAUGUUGUGACAUUAAGUAACAACAAUAACAAUAAAAAUAAUGCAAAUAGCAAUACAAUCCAAACACACGCAAGUCUGCCGGCAACAAGCGCUGCAACAAAUAUUCGCAGCGGGCGUACGCAAACAGCUCGGAUCUUGUUAAUAUUAAGUGAAUUGGGGUCAUGUCAUUUUAAAAACUUGAUCAAAGGAUGGAUACCUGAGGUAACAGGUCGUCUGAAAAACAAUAAUAGGUGCGUGCCUGUAUGAAAUUUAAAAGGUAGGUUAACACAAUGAUUUCCAUGACUUUGAAGAAGUAUAUAUAGUAUAUAAUAAAAUGUAUUAGUAAAUAAAAGUUCCAACCAUUCAGAGGUAGGUUGUGAUCGGUCUGCCGCUGUCUUGAUACUUUUUAAUAAUAUGUUAUAACAGCUAUCUUUUAGUAUUAGACUUAAAGAUGUCCAUCAUGCACGUUUAACAUAAACUUCAAUUUUCCGCCUUAGAUGCCAAUGUCGUUACAUCAAAAGUUUUGAUGAUUUCAUAUUCGAUUCACAUACGAUUCAUGGAAAUGAAAUUUGCUUGUGUAAUUGGUCGUAUAGAUUAAAACGUUGGAUAAAUACCAAGUACUAGACCUCUACAGACUGAGGUAAUUCUGAAGUAUUUAUUGACAUCAAUACUUAAUUAGUAUUUCACGUCCUCGGGCUCUAUUGAAUCAAGAUUGCCGUGGUUGAUUCCGAUCUACAUUACUUUACGGUUGGGUACCUUACGGUUGGGUACUUCAUUAUUUCACUAAAAUCUUUUAUAGUUAUUAUCAUAUAUAUUAUGUUACUUAUACUUAUUUUAACAUUGAGAUCUCAUUUAAGAUUAUGUUUUUGGAAAAAACAUGAGAGAAUCGAAUGCGUAUGUUUCACUAUUGAGAUUAGAUUUCAAAAGUAGCAAAUGUCUUUACUGUUUCUGAUGCGAUACACAGGACUAAGAAAGGUUUACGUUAACACUUACAAAUGGAUUGAGGUUGUUAAUUACUUCUGAAGAUGUGGCAGAUUGAUACAAAUUCCAAAUUGCUUGUAUGUUCGAGAUCAGAAAUACUGCUUAUACACUAGAUGGAUUGAUAAUUACCUGACUUGGAAUGGAAUGUAGAGGGAUACUCUAACCUACAUCUCCAAAAGUAUUUACGUCCAUUCGUUGGCUGUUCUUCUUGUAUCACUUUAAUGAUGUUGCCAACUAGCAUUAUCUACAACUUUUUAAGGCUUUCGUUACAUUUAAACUGUUUCAUUACUGAAUGUAUUUAUUAUAUAUGUAUAGAAUGUAUUUAUUGGGAUUGCGACUGUAACUUAACACCGACCGUAUGUAUUCAUCUAUUUGAUAGUCUUUGCUACUAACGUUUUUGUGUGGUUCAUAAUUCUACUUUGGUUUCGUCUAUAUUUUUUAUUAACCCAAUUCAUUGUAUUAAGUAAUCUGUGUAAAUAUUAUGUACACGUUAUGUAAAUAUUUCAUACAAAAUUUAAAUGUUAUAAUAUGGGAAUGACCUUAUCUUCUUCCCCAAAGGCUUAAAUAAAGAUAUAUAUAAAUAUAUCAUAUCAUAUCGAUACCGAUACCAACGAUAAGAUAUCAUUAUAAAAAUAGUCCAUUUAGCCUGAUUAACAAUUAAGCACUUCGAUCAAUCUUAUGGAGUCAUCGGUUUUCCUUUGUAGCGGUUUUCCUAUGUAUCAACUUUAAGAAAAGCUUAAGAAAAGCUUGUUUACUAUAUUAUAUACUAU